AAUUUUUCGAUAUCGGGGAUAUCGAUACAGUAUCGCUCAUCACGAAAUUGUACUUUCGCGAUUCGCCAUAGUGGAAGAACGGCCAGUGAUUUCAGUUGUCGCGGUUAUCGUCACUGAUUUUUUGAUGUUUGGUAGGCGGAAUUGGGCGGAAUGUGUAUCUGUUCGCGCGAGAAAGUUGAGAUAGACAGAGUGAUUCGGAGGCAAUUCGGAGUCGAGCAGUCUAAGUCUUGCAGAAAUUCUCUCUUCCGUAAUUUCUGAUACGUUAUACAUGACGGCAAGGUACUGUCUAUCUACGGCAGGAUGUUAUGAGCAGUUGUGAUUGUGAAUCCCGGACACAGUCGCAGACCUUCUUUCGAGAUCACACUUGGUAUGGUGCUGUCACAAUUGGCGAUUUUUUGAGCCCCGGCACGAAAAGGUCACGGGUCUUCGUCGUUGAAAAAUCUUGAAGAUCGCUAUCGUCGUGCUUUUUUGCUCUUCCCGACGGGAUAUCGUCCAAACAGGCUUGAACAAUUUCUCAUCCGUUUCGCGAACGAUGCUGCCGCUCGUGAUGAUAGAUUGCGUGUCUAAGCGGUGGAUCCUGUUUCUUCUGUUUGUACUAAGUCAAACGAGUCAUGGCCACGACGAAGAUGCACAUACUCUUCGGUAUACCCGCGAUAACUUUUCCAUGGAAGUCGGCAAGAAAAAUCACUUCAUCAUGUUCUAUGCACCAUGGUGUGGGCAUUGUCAAAGACUUAGCCCUACGUGGGAGCAGUUGGCAGAGAUCUCGAAUGAAGAGGACAGUAAUAUAAGAAUCGCCAAGGUGGAUUGCACAACCGAGAGCAUUUUGUGCAGCGAGCAAGAUGUUACUGGUUAUCCUACAUUAAAAUUUUACAAGACUGGAGAAAUUAAAGGCGUCAAGUUUCGAGGUACUCGUGAUUUACCUACAUUGACUUCUUUUAUUAAUGAUCAGCUAGGUAGUUCAAUGGUUGAAGAUGUUAUGCCGACUCCUCCGGAAGCAGUGAAUGGAUUACUAGAAUUAACAGAAGAUACGUUUGAAAAACACGUAUCUUCUGGACAUCAUUUUGUUAAGUUUUACGCACCCUGGUGUGGACAUUGCCAGAAAUUAGCUCCAACUUGGGAUGAAUUAGCCAACAGUCUUCGCAACGACGACAUAGUCAGUAUUUCUAAGAUAGAUUGUACACAGCAUCGUAUUAUCUGCGGCCAGUUUGACAUUAAGGGAUAUCCUACGCUGCUGUGGAUUGAAGACGGAAAAAAGGUGGAUAAAUAUACUGGCCAGCGUACUCAUGAAGAGUUGAAAGCUUAUGUGUCAAUGAUGCUGGGUAAAAAUGCAGAGAAUGAGUCAAGCCGGAAGCUUGAAAGUACUGACGGAAUCCCGAAUGCUAUAUUGAGUUUGACGGCUGAUAGUUUCAAGCAAGGUAUCGAAAAGGGCCUUUCAUUCGUCAAGUUCUUCGCACCCUGGUGCGGACAUUGCAAACGUCUGGCUCCUACAUGGGAAGAGCUAGGUAAGAAGUUCUUCGGCAAUGAUAAUGUGAACAUUAUCAAAGUCGAUUGUACACUCGACGUAAGUAAACAAUUGUGCAAUGAACAGGAGGUAGAUGGUUUUCCAACUUUGUACUUAUAUCAUAAUGGACGCAAGGUCUCAGAAUACAAUGGCUCGCGUAAUCUCGACGAUCUGUACGACUUCGUAAUGAAUCACAUGAAAACGCAUGACGAAUUGUAAUUUCGUCGAGAGGUGUGUGUGUGUGUGUGUGUGUGUGUGUGUGUGUGUGUGUGUGUGUGUGUGUGUGUGUGUGU